ACAUGUGUGCGUGUCAGCUCCGCACUUUGGUCAAAGUCCUUUUCGAUCACCUACUCUCUAUUUCUAAAAACAUAACGGAAGCCCUCUUUGUGCAAAAUCAGGGCCAUAUCGUUAGGUGAUUUCCAGAGAAAAGUGCACGUCUGCAGAAUAAAUAUGAUUGCAUAAGUACGUGUCUUCUUCGUGUGAGUAUGAAUCCCCCACACGCUGCUAUCAAAGAGUCAAAACUGUGUUUCUUUCCUGUUCCUGCUCUGUGCAUGUUCUGGGGCUGCCAUUAGUAUGAUGUUGCGGUUACUCCUUCUCACUUUGCUUCUCACGGUCAUGGCUGCUACGUUAGAUACAAGAGAUUUAGGUUCAGGAGAUGGAGACUUCCCAGAUGAUGAAAUAGAAGAUGAAUCUGAACGCAUUACGGAAACACGUACAGGAGAAGUGAAAAAUGGAUUUGAAGACCAAGAUAUUGAUGAUGGAAGCGCCACAAUCAUUAUCAUAGCAGCAGUGAGUGUGGUUGCUAUAGCCAUUCUGGCUAUAAUAGCUGUUGUUCUCUUCAGACGUCAUUUGCAGAGACGGGAACAAGGUGUGUACAGUGUACCAGUGGAGCAGGGCCAGAAAGGUGUCUAAACUUGCAGUUCUCCAUUUCUGCUUCUGGGAUCUCAUCAGGGACACCUCGACACAAAAAGAGCUCCAUUAAAAAACACUCUGUCAUCUCUGGCCAUCUCUUCUGUCCCACUUGCCCACUAAUGCCUGCUGCAAAACCCCCAAAGCAGGCAUUUUAUUUUUACUGUCAUUCCAUUAUACUCGUUUUCAGAUUAAUCGAUUUUAAAUGAAUGCACUCUGUUGUUGUAAUGCCAUGGACCAAAGAACAAUUUCUGCACCAUUAAUACCAUUUGUUUCUAAUAGAGACACUUUGUUUUAUGUUUUUAGUUUAAAACCUCUAAACAUCUCUUAUGUGCUAUUUGCUGCAGUGUAGCCCUCAUGAUUCUUUAUCUGGUCAAAAUCAGAUGCACUUUAAACAACUGGUUGCUCAGAGCAAUCAGAUAAACUUCCUGCAAUUUUUUCCAUUCAUGGUAAGCCAUUUUUCUGCAUAUUUUCCAACUGACCUCAUGCAGAAUCUCUAAAUCAUUCAAGGGUACAGUAUGGGGGGGGGGGGGGGGGGGGGGGGGGGGAAACAAUGUUUCAUGUGUAGAGCUGGACUGGCUUUAGCAAAAAUGUAACCAGAUGGUGACUGAGAAACUAUGGAUAGACCUGUGACACUUUCAUUUCAUACAAGAACUUCUCUUGCUCUAACUUCACUGGAGUGCUAAUCACCUCAAGUUCAAGUGGCUGCUGCUCUUCAGCACAAAGAAACCCUCUGAAAUCCCAGGAUCUGGAGCGGCUAAUUGGGCACUAUUUCAACUUAGGUCACUGUUGUGGCAGGGAAUCUCUUACAGGAUAUUUUUUUUACAUAAGUGACUAAGCCAAAUCACCUGUGUGUGGGUGAAAAGUAGGUGUGAAACACACCUACACAGGUGUCGAGCAUUCAUCCUUGCUUUUACUCGAUUUUCUCGCUUCAGGUCUUUCUUUCAAAUAAAGUGGUGCUCUAAUUGCAUAGGCCUCUAGGUGUUUGAGAUUGACAGUUAAGUGUGUGUGUGUGUGUGUGUGUGUAUGUGUGUGUGUGUGUGUGUGUGUGUGUUGAGCAGCACUCGUCUAAAAGUUCAUCAAUGUAGCCUACAGUACAGUGUAACAAUCCUGUUAAGUCGCUCACUGAAAGAGUUCUUGCACUGAUUCCAUUUUAGAUAAGAAAAACAUUUCAAAGUAAUGUAGCAAUCUUUAAUUUCAUUGGAUUUGAAAACACAAAUUCAUCUUUCUGGGAAAAGUUGUAGUGGUUAUUAUUAUUAUUAUUAUUAUUAGUAGUAAUAGUAGUAGUAGUAGUAGUAUUGUUAUUAUUAUUUUAAUUUUUUUUUACUACAAAGCCUCUUCUAAAAUCUAUUUUUCUGCUUUGCACCAAGUAUCAAUUUUACUCAAGAUGACAGAUUUCAGGAGCACGGUGACUUAGUUGUUAGCGCACACACCUAACACUUCCAGGGUUGAGGGUUCGAUGUGUUUGCGGAGUUUGCAUGUUCGCCCCGUGCUUUGGGGGUUUCCUCUGGGUACUCCGGCAUUGUAGGCUGAUUGGCAUGUUCAAAAGUGUCCACAGUGUGUGAAUGUGUGUGUGAUUGUGCCCUGCGAUGGAUUGGCACCCUGUCCAGGGUGUCCCCUACCUUGUGCCUCAUGCUCCCUGGGAUAGGCUCCACGUUCCCCAUGACCCAGUAAGGAUAUGCGGUACAGAAAAUAGAUGUAUGGAUGACAGAUUUUCUUUAGAGUGCCCGUUCUUUGUCAUGUCUGAAACGACUUUAUUAGAAGAGAAAUGAACAUGAACUUAGCCAUUUUAUAACAUCUGUUACUGGCUUGUAAUGAGGCAAUAUAUGGAUACAAUAAGAAAAACAAUGUUUUGAAUGGAAUCCUAAAUGGAAGCCUAAAAACCCAAAACAACAGCAUAUUUUCAAAAUCUCAACAUGAAUAUUAACCAUAAAUCAUGGGGGGGCGAGAGGGGGGACCUCUCAUUAAAGACUUCUUUGAAGUCUGCCUUUAGGCACAUCUCAGUGACAUUUAUAGAGGUUUGAUAAGUAGCACAUUUGAUAAUUUUUCAGUUAUCAGGCUCCACUUUCGUUUAUAACACCAUAUUAGCACUCAUGAUUUUAAUGCGUUGUCUUUAAGGAGUGAUGUUGAGAAGCUGUGCUGUAACUGCUUUGUUAAUAUAUUCUGCUGUUUAGGAUUGGUUAUGUCGUUAGAUAUUUUUAUAACAAAAUGUUUAUACUGCAUUGUCCGUCAGCAAGUUCACUUUCUAAUCAUGUGAAAUCAUAUUUCUCUUUAGGGUUGAACCGAUAUUAGGGAAUUCAAAUUAGAGUGUUACUUGUUGUUUAUGAGAACAGGAAUAUAAACUGUCACAUUUAUGAAAGGUUUUUUGUUGUUGUUGCUGUUUUUUUUUUUUUUCAUUUUAUUUUUUUAUAUCCUGUCUGCAAUCAUGCUAUAUAGUGAUGAUUUUUCAGGUUAAUACUCACUCAAGGAAUGAUGCAAUGGCUUUGAAAUUUCUACUGAAGAUAAAUGUUUAAGAGAUUUAUAAUUCUUAUUUUCAUGUACUAUCAAAAUAUCUAAAUAAAAUAUAUAUUUUUCUUUCUCUUCAAA